UAUGAUCGUGGCAGACUCUGAGAGCUGCGGCUGCUCCGGAGUUGGAGGCUAUCUGCCCUGCGGAAACUGCGGAGCUUUCCGUAGCAAAAAGGACAGAGGGAUAAAAAUCCCCCGGCAGCUGGGAACAGGCCCAAGCUCCUUCAUCCCCGUGGAAGAGAUCCUACAGGAAGGAGCGGAGAGUGCCCAGCGGCGCCUCUUCAUUGAGGCCUUCGUUUCGACGGGCAGAGUGGAUAACAUUACCAUGGUGAUGGGGCUGCAUCCGGAAUACCUCACCAGCUUCUGGAAGACUCAGUACCUCCUCCUGCGGAUGGACGGCCCGCUGCCCUAUCACAAACGCCACUACAUCGCCAUCAUGGCUGCUGCUAGACACCAGUGCUCCUACCUGGUUGGCUUCCACAUGGGAGAGUUCCUCCAAGUGGGUGGAGACCCACAGUGGUUGCGAGGUUUGCAGUACGCCCCACAGAAACUGCGGAACCUCAACGAGAUCAACAAGAUCCUGGCCCACCGACCCUGGCUGAUCACCAAGGAUCAUAUCAAGGCACUCCUAAAGACGGGCGAUAACAGCUGGUCCCUCGCGGAACUUAUCCAAGCACUGGUGCUCCUGACGCAUUAUCACUCCCUGGCUUCUUUCGUGUUUGGCUGUGGCAUCAAUCUGGAAAUCGACCAGGAUGGGGGUCACGCGUUCCAGCCCCCUUCACCACGCAGCUGUGAUAGCAGUCCAGCUUCAGAGGAUGGCGUGAGCACUUCCAGCGGCACAGAUGCUAUGGAGGAGGUGGAGGUAUUGAUGGAGAGGAUGAAACUGCUUCAGGAGUGCCAAUUGGAAGAAGAGGAGGUCACUCAGGAGGAGAUGGAAACACGCUUUGAGAUGGAGAAGACCGAGAGCUUGCUUGUUACUACCUCAGUAGAUAUCGCUGAACACUCCCUGCCUCCCAAUGUCCUGAGCUUUGUGGAGGAUCCAGAGUUUGGAUACAAGGAUUUCACUAGGAGAGGAGAGCAAACGCCACCGACGUUCCGAGCCCAGGACUACACCUGGGAAGACCAUGGCUACUCUCUCAUCAAUCGCUUGUAUCCUGAUGUGGGGCAGCUGCUAGAUGAGAAAUUCCAGGUGGUCUACAACCUGACGUAUAACACAAUAGCUAUGCACAGUGGUGUGGACACUUCUAUGCUCCGGAGGGCCAUCUGGAAUUAUGUUCACUGUGUCUUUGGCAUUCGGUACGACGACUACGAUUAUAGGGAAGUGAACCAGCUCUUGGAGCGCAGCUUGAAGGUUUACAUCAAAACAGUAGCCUGCUACCCAGAGAAAACCACCAAGAGAAUGUAUACACACUUCUGGAGACAUUUCAAGCACUCCGAGAAGGUACACGUCAACCUGCUUCUUCUGGAAGCCCGCAUGCAGGCCGCCCUGCUUUACGCCCUACGUGCCAUCACCCGCUACAUGACCUGAUGAGACCGUCCCCUCUCUUGUCCUGCAAGGAGCACACCGACUGGAGGACA